AGUAGCCUCUUUUUCUGUCUUCAGUCUUGAAAUUUUAUAACUUGUGACUUUGUGGAUAAUAAAACCUAAAAAGGGUUUAACUCUUCAUCUUCAAUUUCCAAUCCAUUCUUCUCUGUGCUUCCUCUUUUAUCCAUUUCCAUGGCUUCCACAUUUCUCACCGUACCAACUCCUUUCCUUCACAAAUCAACCGCAGCUUCAUUCUCCAACUCCAAACUCCCACUUUUGAAGAGGAACUCUUUGAAGAUUAACGCAACUUCCAAGCAAUGGGAACCAACUAAGGUUGUGCCUCAGGCUGAUAGGGUUCUUAUUCGUCUCGAGGAGCUAUCACAAACAACCACUGGUGGAAUUUUGUUGCCCAGGUCAGCUGUUAAAUUUGAGCGAUAUCUUACAGGGGAAGUCCUAAGUGUUGGUGCUGAGGCUGAAAAUGUAAAGGCCGGUGCUAAGGUACUUUUCAAUGAUAUGAGUGCUUAUGAGGUGGAUUUGGGGACUGAAGCAAAGCACUGCUUCUGUAAAUCAAGUGACUUACUGGCCGUGGUCGAGUAGGGUUUGCCAUGCGAAUGAGACAGAGGAAUGAUAUUUUUGAUAUAACGUAUUAAUGGCGAAUGCAUUAGGAGUAGAAUGAACUAUUUUCAAUCACUGGUGUUAAAAUUUCCUCUUCAUGUUAUUCUUAUAUUAUAAAUAACAACAUUCCUAGGGGAGUUUUGGAUCCUGCAGAUGCAUAAUUUCAGUUUGGAAUUCAUUGCUUGAUGUCCAAGGAAUCAAAAUGUGUGGAAUUCAUUGGUUAUUAUCUA